UUUGGGUUCAAAGUGGAAUGACUGUCAAACAUUCUGCGAACAAACCGUGGAUAUCCAGUAAGCUAGCUAGCUAGCUGAGUCUGUUCGAAUCACUAUCAUAGCACACUAGCUGCUAGCUUGCAACGAAACAUAUUUAUAGCAUGUGCCGCUUUUCUUACCCACUAGUAAACAAAACACUUUCACGCCGUCGCUGCAAAACAUGAACGAAAUCAUUUUGAAUUACACCCCAGCUACCUCGCUUGCACAGUAACGUUACGAUAGUAAAGUUAGCUCGACAGCUAGCAAAGAUCAGAUGCGUUUGGUUGGUAACGUUAGCUUAGGUAGAUAACGUUUGGAUGUCACUGUUAGUUGAAAACAGUGCAUUGGCAAGUUUGACGUUUCAGACAUGAGGGUGUCCCUUUGUAGUUAAACAAAGUUAGUUACUGUCAUGUUGAAAAUCAACUGCCCUUGCUGUUGUUAGUAUGCAGUAACAUACACGUCGGCAUCGCUUCAGUUGAAAUAGUCUCUUUGGGGUCAUCCCUACAGUAUGUUCCCCGCUCGGGGUAAGGGUUAGGAUUAUGGUUAGGGUUUUAAAAAAGGGUCCUAUGUUCCCCGGUCCCAUACAAAGCGGGGAACAUAGGUACGCUCCCGUGUCUUUCUCUGUGUUAAUAGCAAGGCAACGUUACAGCUGUUUACGAGCUUUACGUUAAUGUUCAGUCUUGUAACGUUAACAUUGGAAGUGGAUAUCCGCAACCGUGUGUUGUGCUUUCCGCUUUUAUGUUACUUGCCGUUAACGGUCACCUAUUGCUGUGUAGCCCAUGCCACUUUGAAUUCAGAACCACUCUCUUUGUUUAGAUCAGAAUCACAAGACCGAGUAGCCUAUAUUUAUAUUGGCCUGCGUUCUCAUUGAUUCAAUGAGUCUCUGUUCGUGCUUCGCCCUUUCACCCCCCCUCAGUCAUACACACACAGGUCACAUGCUAGACUCUCUCACAUGAGGACAGUCAUAUCUCUGGACUUGUGCAGGAAUGAAUGGUGGCUGCGUCUUUUUGGCGCCCUGCUUCCCCUUCGCCUGGCCGCAGCACAAUUGGGUAAACUCGGGGAUGACUGUCUGCAGUGUUCUGUAGUAAUCAAGGGUCAAAGGUCAGGGGUCAGCCAUGAACUCGGUGUCCCCCAGCUCGGCCCAGUACGUCGGCAAGAGCUCUGAGACGAAGGGCGGCCACUUUGGGCACGUUGCCGAUGGCAACCGCAACGAGGGGGAGCCAGACGAGGUGGACCGUCUGAAGACCAAACUGAUGUCCGCCUGGAACAACGUCAAAUAUGGCUGGUCAGUGAAGUCCAAGACCUCCUUCAACAAGACCUCUCCCCUCUAUCUGCUCGGACAUUCCUAUCUGUUCAACCGUGAAGAUGAGGUGGAGCGUUUCUCUCUGGCAUUUGCGUCUCGACUCUGGUUGACCUACAGGAAGGACUUCGCUCCUCUUGACGGCGCGGGGUUGACCUCUGACUGUGGGUGGGGCUGCAUGCUGCGCAGUGGACAGAUGCUGCUGGCCCAGGGGCUACUCACACACCUGAUGCCCUCAGGCUGGCAGUGGCCCGACUCCCCGCCCCUCACCGACGUGGACUUUGAGUUCCUCCGCCCGCGCUCCCCUUCCAAGACACUAGGGGGCGUUGUGUCCAUCCCCUCCCUCUCCUCCUUCUCCAGCAGCAGCAGCAACUCUUCCUCCUCCUCCUCGGCCCCGGGGCCUCCACCGCAGGCACCCCCCAAACGCGUUCCCAGGCCCGCGGGGGACCCGCGCAGCGAGGCGCUGCACCGCAAGCUGGUGUCCUGGUUUGGGGAUCACCCGGGCGCACCCUUCGGCCUCCACCAGAUGGUGGCACUAGGGAGGAGCGCCGGGCGUCGGGCCGGGGACUGGUACGGCCCCUCGGUGGUCGCACACAUACUCAGGAAAGCUGUGGCUACCACUACUGAGGUGCAGAAUCUGACGGUGUACGUCGCCCAGGAUUGCACAGUUUAUAAAGAGGAUGUGGUGCACGUGUGUGAGGGAGAGGGUGACUCGAGUUGGCAGUCCGUCAUCAUCCUCGUCCCAGUCCGACUGGGCGGAGAAACACUCAACCCCACCUACAUCCAGUGUGUCAAAAACAUUUUAAAGCUGGACUGUUGUAUCGGAAUCAUUGGGGGGAAACCGAAACACUCCUUGUUCUUCAUUGGCUUUCAAGAUGAGCAACUGCUGUACUUGGAUCCACACUACUGUCAGCCCCUGGUGGAUGCCACCCAGAGCAACUUCUCACUGGAGUCGUUCCACUGUACCUCUCCCAGGAAGAUGAGUGUGAGUCGCAUGGACCCCAGCUGUACCAUUGGCUUUUACGCUCGCAGCAAGAAAGACUUCGAGUCACUCUGCUCAGCCGUGGAAGAAGCUCUCUCUUCCUCUAAGGAGAAGUACCCCAUCUUCACCUUUGUAGACAGGGGGAGCCAGGACUUCAGAUUGGAUGAGCCUCACGAGGCCCCGCCCUCUCACAUCUUACCACCCAAUCCGAUGGCCAGGAGUAAAAAGCAUGGCAGCUCUGAUGACUUUGUCCUGCUGUGACUACAGCAUCUCAUAAGGGACACACUGAACUAUGGCAUCUCAGGAGGGACACACUGAACUACGGCAUCUCAGGAGGGAUACACUGAACUACGGCAUCUCAGGAGUGACACACUGAACUACAGCAUCUCAGGAGGGACACACUGAACUACGGCAUCUCAGGAGGGGGACACUCAACUGAACCGAACUGAUCUGAGUUGGAACACGAAUGAUGCUGCCCUCGUUGAGAGCUUGCUGGACUAACUGAGACGGUGUGUGUGUGUGUGUGUGUGAGUGAAAGAAAGUGAGCGGGGCUUGUAGUGCCCGUGUGUGUGCGCGUGUGUAUAGUAUAGUAUA